CCCAAUUUCUCCAAAGAAUAAACAAACAAUUCCUUUCUAUCAGAAGAAAAAGAGAAAAGAGGAAGAAGAAAGUGGUUGUAUUUGAUCAUAUCAAUGGCGGAGAACAAGCAGAUCCCUCCACCCUACGAUCUGGAUGCCAAAUGGGACGCCUGUCUUGAUCUCACCGUCCGCCGCUUCGUCUACUCUUCCUUCGCGGGCGCUUUUGGCGGCCUCCUCCUCUUCAGGAGUCCUGUGACACGCUGGGCAUCUGUAGCUUUUGGUGCUGGACUGGGACUUGGAUCUGCAUAUACAGAGUGUUCUCAAAAGUUUGGUGGCUACCCUGCAAUGUUUCUGCCUCCUAAGAUUUCAGAUGCUCCUGCUUCUCAGGUGGGUUUGUUCUACAUUGGUUUUAAUUUGUGGAAUCUUUUAGUUGUAUUCUCUUAUUCUCUUCUAUAUUUGACUCUAGGGCUAGUCUUGGGUACAUAUGCCUGAGAAAACAGCACCAAAAUGUUAUUUUCUAAAGACCUAAUCUGCAGGAAAUCCUUUGAGCUUGAUCUAGUGUAUGUUGAGGAAUUCAUAUUGUGAAGGAACAGAGUUUAUUGAAGUUAGAUAUGUAAAAGAUAGGUGAGUUUGGUAGAAGGUGAAACAGUGAAUACAGAAGGGAUAUGAAGUAUAAUUGAACCUGGAAGGUUAGGGUGGUGGCCUGGUGGAACAAGUGGACUAGAAUAGGAUAAUCCUAGAAAUCAGUUCCUAGAUAUGCACUUCCAAAAAGCAAGACUGGCAAGCAAAUUAAGAGACAAUGAAUAGUUUUAUAGCUGCUUCUCUGAAGAGAAAUAUCAUUAUUUGAUACAACUUGAUUUAAAAUUAAUUUUAGCUCUUUAUUAUAAUUGUAGGAAAUUCAGUUUAGCAGACACUGAUAAAUUUUAAUCUAGUUACAUAUUAUAAUGUGGGUUAGAAAACUUUGGUGUUUUAAUACAAUUUGCACUUACCUAUCAAAAAAAAGAAUAUAUAUCUGGGUUAGAAAAGAAGCAAGUUAUGAGUUGAAACUAAGGCCUUGUUUUAGAUAGCUUUUUGCUUUUGCUUUUAGGUUAAAGCCAAACCAUAAACCAUGAUUUCAAAGGGACAAUUUUGGUGCUACAAAAUUUUGUUAAACAUGAAACAAUUUCCUACAUAAGCUGAGAAAGGACUUUAACGAGAAGCAAUCUUGUCUUUACUUCCAGGUUAAGCUCUUUUUAAAGUCAAAAGUAUUGUUAUUAAAUUAUCUUACAUACAAAUAAAAUCCGUUUCUUUUUUUUUUAGAAAAGUGCUUUUAGCUUCCAAAAAGGCCAAUGCAAAUUGAGACCAAACAGAAUAAGAAAUUAGGUUUCCAUUUCCUUGUUGGUUUAACUAAGAAACAUUGCAAAAUCAAGAGUAAUAACUACUGUGACAUGUACUGUUGUGGGUCUAUGAAUGUGAUUAUUAGUUGUUAUAUAUGCUAAUGGAGGGCUCAGAAGUUGGUGGUGGUGAUUCGCCAGAAAUGACAUCUAAUAGAUUGAAUUACAAUACAACCUAUCACCCUUUAGUGGAAUCUACUUCUUGAUAUUUAGUGGAAGUCAUGUCUUGAUAAAGGGUUUGAACUGUGAUGUCUUCAAAAACUAUAAAUAGAACAUAGCAUACUCUAGCGGAUAGGCUUUUGCUCUAAAGGUCACAACUGAGUCCCUUGGGAAGCCUCUCAAUACCUUUGGUCUGCAAGGCUUAGAGCAUCUCCAAAACUUAUAAUAGACCUUGGAAAACUUCUGAAAACUCAUUGACAAAUACGUCUCUGAAAUCUGUUUCUGAAACCUACCUGGAUUCAAGAUGCAUGGAAGUGUUUACUUCUGGAAGUCUUUUCUGAAACCUUGUGCAAAAGAUUUUCCAAGUCACCACUUUCAGAUGGAAAAAAGAAUCCACUUGAAUGAGAUGCAAAGACUACUUGGAAGGACAACCCCUAAACCCUGUCAAUCCAUGACGGUGAAAUGGGCAAUGAAUCAUUCAAGUUCCCGUUUUUUCAUAUCAUUUAGGUAAAAUCCCAUGUGUAGUUUCUUUGUUGUAACUUGUUUAUCUAUUAUGACACAUUCUCUUAGGUUCCUCAUAGAGCUUUCAGUUGUCACCAGCUGUUCCCUUAUAUUGUGUUUUAUGUAAUCCCUUUGUUUUCACUUCUGGGGACCACAAACCAAGGAUCCCUAGCCACACUAAUAUUUCAACUGUAUUACCAGUUCUUUAGGUUGUUCAAAAUAUUUUGAUCUUUUUGUUUUAUAUUUCCUUCUUGUUGUUGUGAACUUUAUAUGAAUUGUAAGCAAUUUAUUCAAGGUUAGUAAUUCUGUUGUUGUUGCCAGGAGGGACAGGACUGAUUAGAAGAUAUCAAAACCCUGGAGUUGGUUGGGUUUCAAA